ACACACUUAAAUACCAAAGAGAGAAACCCCCUUUCACUAAAACAUUCUCUCACACAAACACACAUCUCCAUUCAGAGACGGCACCACUGCAGUACUUCUUAUUAGGACAAGACAUACACACACAUUUACACAUAUAUUAACUGUCUUUAUCUGCUCAUGGCUUGUGGGAUGCAACUGCCAACCUGGAGCGGACACCAGUGGAGACUCAUCCAGCAUUUCCUCCGGAUGAGCCUCCUGCUCUCCCUCCUGUGCCCACCCACAGAGCCUGUUCCCUGGGACAACGACUCCAGCAGUGGCCCUGGAGAGGGUUGUGAGGGUUUCCAGGUGGAUGUUUGCGGUGUGUGUGCAGGGGACGGGAGCUCGUGUGAGCUGUUCAGCGGGACACUCGUUCUUUCCGUGCUCUCUGUUGGCUACCACAAGAUCCUGGACAUUCCCGCUGGAGCUCAACGAAUCAAAUUACAGGAAACACAGAAGACCAGGAACUACUUAGCUCUCAGGACAGCGACUGGUGAGUCAGUGAUAAACGGUGAUUGGGUGAUCGACAGGCCAGGACAGUUCUACGCCGCGGCUACUCAGCUCACAUACAAACGGCCCAAUGAGAUACGCAGCAGAGCGGGAGAAUCCAUCACUGCUCCUGGCCCAACCAAUCAAGAGCUGCAUCUCUUUGUGAUUUAUCAGCAACCCAAUCCAGCAGUGUAUUAUGAAUACAUUCUACCCAAAGACCCCAUCACCGACAAUCAUUCAGAUGCAUAUUCUUUCUCUAGUGUACUUCCUCUGGCAGAGAGUCAUGGAAUAUUUCCUGAUCCUGAGAAUAGUGACAGUGAAAACUCACUGAGCAGCUCUCAUCCUAACCAAGUUCCAUCGGACCCUAUAACCUCUGAACCAGUUCCUCUGUACAGCUGGGUUGCCAUGACAACAACACCCUGCAGUGCCACCUGUGGAACAGGCAGUCAUCAGGUUCUAUUCGGCUGUGUGGAAAGAGCUACUCAAACUACUGUACCAGGGGAUCUCUGUAGCUACACCAGUCAUCCUGGCCCUCAGGUAGAAGAGUGUCAAUCGCAGCCUUGCCCGACCUUCUGGGAUGUUGGAGAGUGGUCUGAGUGCAGUAAGACCUGUGGUCCAGGGUUUCAGUAUCGUCAGGUGAUUUGCCAGCAGACGCAAGGACACCAUGGCAAUAGCACAGUCGUCGUGGCGACCAGCCUCUGCGAUAACACAGACAUGCCCGAGACGACCACUGUGUGCCAGCUCAAGAUCUGCAGUGAGUGGCAGAUCCGCUCAGACUGGACAGAGUGCUCAGUGCCAUGUGGAGUAGGUCAGCGCAGAAGAGAGGUUGUGUGUGUGGAUAACCUGGGUGACAUUGUUUCUGAUGAGGAAUGCAACAUGGCCCUUCGCCCACAGGACCUGCAGAACUGUGACAAAGGCGUGUGUGCCAGCAGCUGGUUCUACUCUCUCUGGAGCGACAGGUGUUCUGCAGACUGUGCGGAAGGAAGAUGCAGCCGGUCAGUGGUGUGCAUGAUGAGUCAGACCAACUCACUGCCACUGGACAACUGCGAUGAUGAGGAUAAACCUGACGAGCUCAUGCCGUGUGACCUGGGACCCUGCACACAGCGACUGGAAUGGUACACAGGACCAUGGGGGCAGUGCUCGUCUGAAUGUGGCAAUGGUACCCAGAGUCGAGGUGUGGUCUGUGUUGUCCAAAACAAUGGCCAAUUAGAAGUCACCUCAGAUGACCGCUGCUCUCAUCUGCCCCGUCCUCCCAGUGCACAGACCUGCUUUUUGAAGAGCUGUGGAGCACAGUGGUACAUGACGGAGUGGAGCUCGUGUUCUCGUUCUUGUGACGGAGGCUUUCGAGUGAGGGAGGUACGUUGUCUGCAAGAUGAUCUGACCACCAGCCAUGACUGUGAUCCUGCUCUUGAACUUGCCAAACAGGAGAAGUGUAACACACACACCUGCAUGCCACAGAUUGAUGAGUCCUGCAGGGAUAUGUACUAUAACUGUGUGGUGGUGGUCCAGGCCCGUUUGUGUGUGUACUCAUACUAUCGCACCACAUGUUGUGCAUCAUGCUCUCGGGUCAUUCAGAGAGACACACUGCAUAGAAUCAGGUGAUCUGGCCGCCUUGUUGUUGGGAUGUGACACCACCGCUCUCCUUUCCUGAAUGAUGAUGUCCAUGUCUCAUCAUGACAUCAUCCCCCACCUGUUUUCAGCUGGAUCUGACCCUGAGAUGACAUCACCGUUCAAAGACUUUACUAUAUGUUCACUGCCCUUCUUUUU